AUGGAUGCUGAACAACUCAGAAAAGCUCUUGGAGCCGUGCCCAGGAAUGCCUUUGAAGAAAUGAUACAGUGGACAAAAGAAGGAAAGCUGUGGAAGUUUCCCAUUGAUAACGAAGCAGAUAUGGAUGAAGAGAGGAAGUAUAAAUUCCAUGAACAUAUUUUCCUGGAGCGUCAUCUCUCGGAUUUUCCCAAAAAAGGACCUGUUCGGAAAUUUAUGGAGCUUGUUGCGCUGGGGCUGAGCAGAAAUCCGUGGAUCAGUGUUCCAGAGAAGAUCGAACACAUCCGCUGGUAUGCGGAUUACUUCCGGCAAAAACAGGAUAUUCUAGUAGAAUCCAUUGGGGAAGAAGGGAGAAUGAAGAAGCCUGAUGAACAGAUUGAAUGA